UUUAUUUAUUUAUAUUAAGAAUUUUUCUAAGGGUCCAGUUUUUCGGUGUACAGUUUCCGCUGAAUCACUGUUCUUUAUGCUUAGUCACAGUUUCUUACUCCAGAAGCUUAAUCGGGGAUAACAUGGUGUUUUGGUAACGUAGUUGGACUGGCCAUUAUGGAGGAGGAGCUGCAGCAUUCACACUGUGUGAAUUGUGUCAGUAGACGGUGUAUGACCAGACCAGAACCUGGGAUUUCCUGCGACUUGAUUGGUUGUCCAUUGGUGUGUGGAGCAGUUUUCCAUUCUUGUAAAGCUGAUGAGCAUCGACUUUUAUGUCCAUAUGAACGAGUGCCUUGCUUAAAUAGUGACUUCGGAUGUCCAUUUACAAUGGCUCGAAAUAAAGUUGCUGAACAUCUAGAGAUGUGUCCUGCAAGUGUGGUGUGCUGUACUAUGGAGUGGAACCGAUGGCCAGUUAGUUAUGCAGAUCGGAAAUCAUAUGAAAAUCUAAGCAGAGAUGUUGAUGAAGUGGCACAAUUAGAUAUGGCCUUGGCCCUUCAAGACCAAAGGAUGCUUUUAGAGUCUCUCAAAGUAGCCACCAUGAUGUCAAAAGCGACUGAUAAAGUAUCAGAACCUAGAGAACAAAUCUCAGUUAAAUCAAGUGUCCCAGAAAUACCACAUGCUAAUGGUUUGGUGUCUGUUGAUGAAGAAUCUUACGGUGCACUUUAUCAAGCUACUGUAGAAACAACCAGAAGUUUGGCAGCUGCUUUAGAUAUCCUGAAUACUGCCACAAGAGACAUUGGCAUGUUAAGUACAAGUCUUUGCACUUCCCCAAGUGAAAUGAAUGAAGAGCAAAAUGCCAGGGGAAGCUUGCAGAAUAGACACUUGAACGACCAGGACCACCUUUAUGACGAUGAGAUAGGAGCAGUAGGUGGAAUUGACCAUAACAACACAAGUCUGGAUGUCCAGUGUGAACAAAAUGGUUCCAGUGAUUUAUUGUGUGACUCGAAUACCAGUUCUUAUGGCACUUCUGCUCUUUGUAAUGGCUUUUCUUUGGAAAAUCUAUGUACACAGGCCAUGGACCAAAAUCAGAAAUUAUAUGGUGAUUCAAAACAAAGUACCUUAACGAAUGGAGAAUGUAUAGCAUCAGAUGGCACCUCACCACCUUCCAGUUCACUUUCAGUAGCAGCACAACUUAGGGAAGCACUACCAUCUAGUGCUCUGCCUAAUGGCACAGUUCAGCAUAUCCUCAUGCCAGAUGAUGGGGAUGAAGGAGCUUUGUGUUGGAGAAAAGUAGAUUUAGGAGACUUGAGGAAUGUUGAUGUCUUAUCUUUAGGUCAUCCUCCAUUCAAAUUUCUUUCUAACUCCUGUUGGUCUAAACCAAAAGAGGAUAAAGCAGUAGAUACAUCAGAUUUGGAGGUUGCAGAAGAUCCAAUGGGCCUCCAAGGAAUAGAUCUAAUUACAGCAGCAUUGCUCUUUUGUCUAGGAGAUUCUCCAGGUGGGAGGGGUAUAUCUGAUAGUCGCAUGGUUGAUGUUUAUCACAUUGACUUUGGGACUCAGACUUUUUCACUUCCAUCUGCAAUAUUAGCUACAAAUACAAUGGUUGGAGAAAUAGCUUCAGCUUCAGCUUGUGAUCAUGCCAACCCACAGCUUUCAAAUCCAAGUCCUUUUCAGACACUUGGGCUGGAUUUAGUAUUGGAGUGUGUUGCUAGGUACCAACCCAAGCAGCGUUCAAUGUUUACAUUUGUUUGUGGACAGUUAUUUAGGAGAAAAGAAUUUUCUUCCCAUUUUAAGAAUGUGCAUGGUGACAUUCAUGCUGGACUCAAUGGCUGGAUGGAACAGAGGUGUCCUUUAGCAUACUAUGGUUGUACCUAUUCUCAGCGUAGAUUUUGUCCAUCAACACAAGGAGCAAAGAUUAUACAUGACCGCCAUUUGAGGUCAUUUGGAGUUCAACCAUGUGUAUCUACAGUAUUAGUAGAGCCUGCUAGAAACUGUGUAUUGGGAUUACAUAGUGACCAUCUAAGUAGUCUUCCUUUUGAGGUCCUACAACAUAUUGCAGGCUUUCUUGAUGGCUUCAGUUUAUGCCAGCUCUCCUGUGUAUCCAGGUUAAUGAGGGAUGUAUGUGGCAGCCUGCUUCAGUCUCGUGGAAUGGUCAUACUGCAGUGGGGGAAAAGGAAGUAUCCAGAAGGAAAUUCGUCAUGGCAAAUAAAAGAAAAGGUGUGGCGAUUCAGCACUGCAUUUUGUUCUGUAAAUGAAUGGAAAUUUGCUGACAUCCUAAGCAUGGCUGACCACUUGAAGAAAUGCAGUUACAAUAUUGUAGAGAAACGGGAAGAAGCCAUCCCAUUGCCAUGUAUGUGUGUGACACGAGAACUCACUAAAGAGGGCCGUUCACUCCGCUCAGUUUUAAAACCUGUACUUUAAAAACUGUAAUUCUACUUGCACACACAUGCAAGCACCUAGUAUAAUUUCUUUGUAAUAUGUGACACUUUAUUAAUGUAUUAAAGAUUACAACUAGCUAAAUUUAUUGCCACUAUGUAUAUAAUGUUUUGAAGUGACAUAUAUUUUUAUAAAGUACUGUUUAGUUGGGAAAAAGUUGCCUUAAUGUUUGAAAUGUGUGAAAUUUUUGGAACUUGCUGGACAGGGUGAUUUAAUUUUUAGCUGCAUAAUUUUCAGAAUUAGUAUUUUUAAUGGUGUGCAUAUUUUGGUUUUUAAAUUUUUUGUUUCUUAAACUAACAAGAUCCUGACCAAUUUGUCCCUCAUGUUUUUUGUGGGUUAUAACCCAUGCAUUCAGAAAGCAAAACUUUGAUUCAAAUUUUUGCAGCAUAAGUUUUUCAGAUAAAGACAUUCAAUUGUUUAAGGACUGCCAUAAAUCAAAGGAUUUUUAUUUUAGUGCUCCCCUUAUACAAUUGUUGAUACAUUGAUGAUCUUUAAUAUAUAUUUAUGUAAUAUUUAAAAUCAUGACUAAUGUUUGGUAAUGCAUUUAUCAUGUUUUAAAAAUACCCACAAAAGUGUUUUCAUCUUAUGUAUUUGCAGCUCUUAUACAGAGUGACCACAUGCAACUUCCUUUUUUUCUAAGACACCACAUCCAAAGACUUUUAGCAAUGUGUUUUAUAAAAUGAAAGCCAACAAAAAGCAUGAACUUAUUUAAAUUUGAAACUGUUCAUGGUAUGAUAUAUUUGCUAGGUUUUUGAUAUUGGAAAGAAGAAAAUAUACCUCAUUUAAAGUUCAGAUUGGACAUAUUGUAUGAAUAAAUUUCAAAUAAUCAGAAUGCAAAGGGCUUAACUUUAUUUCCUAAGCAUUUAGAAUUUUUGCCUUUUUAUGUUUAUAAAAGUCACAACUGAUACUAUUUUAAGACAUUUAACAAUGUGAAAUUUGGGGUCUUUGUAAAGUGACAAUCAUGAAAUGGAAAAAUAUGUCUCUGUUGACAGUUUCCUUAAACCAUUUCCAGGUUUAUUUCCCAUUUACUUCUCUACCAAAAUGUAAGAAUUGCAUCUUUGUGUGAAGAUUAAGGUAUAACAGAAAAAUAUUCGGAGUCCUAUUUUUGAAGUAUUGUAUUAUAGUUUUCAAAUUGAUUUACACUAUUAUUAACCUAAUGUGGUCAGUUAAAAAAAUGAAUAUAUCAAUAUUUAGAAAUACAUUUCAAAGAUUGGGGAAUACUUAAAUAAUUUGUUUCAAUUAGCUUUCAGUAUUUGGUAGUCUAAAAUGGAUGACAAGUUAUCUUGUUAUACAAUAUCAAACUUAUAUUGUGUUUUCUCUUGCUACAUUAGUCCCUGAGAGUGCUCUAUUGUUACUAGGGUAACAACACUAUGGCAGUUAAACUGGGCAGAUGUGUUCCUUGGGCAUUAGAGAAGGACUCUGAACUGCUUAAGACUCCUUUUGGUUGGAUCAAGCCCUUAUUACAGUUGAAAAUAUAGCAUUAAAGACUAAUCAAUUACUUUGUCUCACCUAUCAUUUCAGUUAGAAUAUUUCUCAGUACUUAAACUUUCAACUGUGAGAUUGAAUUAUAUAAAUUGUCUAUUUCUGAAAAAGUCAGAAAUAAGAUAAAAAAACUCUAAGAUAGAACUGCCUUUCCAAGUUUUGCUGAAGAAUGUGUCUGGUUAGGAUAGCACAAACAUUAAUGUUUUGUUUUAUGGUUGUGCUUGUUUGGUUUUUAAGUUUAGAUUCCUUGUUUCUACACUGGAUCAUGAGAUAUUUAACAGUUUUCCACCUUAUAUUUCUUUUACACAUCUUUGGCUGUUUUCUUUUUUGUUUGUUAUGCCACCAUAUGAUUUUGUUAAAAUGUUUUCUUUGUGCAACAUUUGUUCAAAUUCUAAUAAAAUUAAUAUUUUUCCUUUAUGUGGCUCAGUAACUUAAAAGGAAAAACUUUUGUUUAAAUAAAAUUUUAAUACUUGUUUGAAAGAUUCCAAAUGCAGUGUUUCUAAGUAGAUUUUCUGCAUAUUGUAGGAGUUGUUUGUUAUCAUUGCUCACCCAUGUUUUACUGGUGAGAAUUUUUUUUUUAAUAUGAAAAACUCAAUUAACUUUCUGUGCCCUUUCAGUGUCCUCCUGAAAGUAGUCCCAUCUAAGAGUAUUGAAAGGCUGAAGAGUUUCUGGCGAUACUGUUUUUCUAAAACUUGUCAUGGGAACAAUCUAUCUAGCCUUUUAAGUGUGAAAAGGUUUGUAUGUCAUUUAAAUGUCAUUGUCAUUCUUUGCUCAUUUCUUAGUUUUUUCUAAUCAGCAAGAUAAAGGGCAAGUAUCAAGAUGGAAGAAAAUAUCUGUAUUCACUUUUAUCUGCUGCCUCCUUUGCCAGAACUGCAUGUCUUUCUCUUUCUCUCUUUAGAAUGCAUCUUGCUCACUCCUUCUCUCCCUCUUUUCAUUAAUUUAGUAACUACAGUAUCACCUUUUAUCUACUUACUCCCUUUCUCUGCCCUUCUCUUUCUCUCUGUCUAUUGAGAUUCACAGAUUAUUUACAGUAGAGGUUCCCAAAAUGUCCCUGGACCAGUAGCAUCAGCAUCACCUGGGAAUUUGUUAGAAAUGCAGAUUCUUGGGUCUCUCUGUAGACCUAACCAGAAGCUCUGGUGUGGAAACUAGUAAGUCUGCUUUAAUAAAGGCCUUCAGGGGAUUCUGAUUUCACAGUUAAGUAUGAGAACUUAGAGAGGAGCCUGGGACUUGCCAGCUGUUCUCCUGAAUGAUGUGGUAUUGGAGUGGGUAUGUUUGUGUAUAUAUACAUGUAUAAUAGAAAAUUAAGAGUAAUGGCAAGUUAUUUAUUACCAUUUGGUUAAGUUAAAUGAUGUUUGUUGUUUCCAUCUUAUAGCUAUAUGUCAAAGUACAUUGGGUACUAUGGUGGUUGGACAUUUUUUUAAAAACUAGUAUUUACUAAUAUUUAAGAUUUACUGUUAUUACUAGUAUUUCACUUGUGUUUCUUCUCUUCAAAGUAAAUUGCAGUGCAACUUACAGUUUAUUAGCAUUAACCUUUAGCCAUCAUUUGUUCUCAUUCUUGUUCAGUGGUUGCAGUCAUGUGAACAUACUAGAUUUCUAGGAUAAGAGUAGAAGUAGACAAAUACUGGGUUAAAUCCUACAAAAAUAUGAGAAUCCUUUCAACCCUAUCAUUAGGAGAUACUAACGAUUGAGUUUCUGGUUUAUUACUAGUAUAGAAUCUGUUUUACUCUUUAACCCUAUGCUACAUAUCCCAUCAAUGUACUUGCUAUUAAUUAUCCCCUGACCAUGGAUAUUGGGAUCUUUGUAACUUUGAAGAUAAUAUGGUUUUCAACAAAACUUCCUUAUCCCUUGAACAUAUGGUAGCUAAUGUUACUAUAUUAAUAGCAUAUGGUUAACCUCUGGCAAUCUGAAUGUAGUUUUUGGCAUUUAGAAGUAAAAUAGAUUUCUUUACAUGUUGCAUCCCAAUCUAAAAAGACCUAGAAUUUAUUAAUUUAAAAAAUUUUCUAAGGGAUAGUUAUGCAAACAUUAAAAAAUGUGUUUCCUGCAUGAUGCAUCAUAUCAGAAGGUGAUGGAUUGGGACCUCCAGGGGUGAAUGUUCAGAAUUGUAAUAGAAGAAAGCAAUUGGCCCGCAUUCUCUCAGUAGACUGGACAAAGUCUUGAUGGAAGGAAUUUCACUAAUAGGUGUUUUGGCUGGUUGUCUAAAUAUUGCUCUAAGUAGUUUUAUUUAACACACUCAUGAGGCCUAGAAAGUAAGAGAAUAUUUGUCAUCCCUUUAGAGAAUAUCAACUCAUCAAUGACUCAUCGACUGUAUUUAAUGUAAUUCAGUGAUGGGUUUUGUUAGGAUUUGAUCUAAAUCUGAUUUCCAAAAAAAGUUUUGAGGUGUGUAAAUGAAGGCCAACUUUAGUAAACUUCUUUCUAAAUAAGAGAAGAGGAAGGAUGGUUUCCUUCUAAUGUCACCUUUUAUGUAAUUAUUUUCUUUUCUUUGAUUUAAAAGAUCAAAGUAAGUUCAAAAGAUAAAUCUUUCCAAGUUUCUAUUUUAAUGAUGAAAAAACUGAGGUACUCAGAGUUGAGUAGUGAUGACUUUCUGGGGAUACUUCAGAGAAAUGUGUCCUGACAUGGUUUACUUUUCUACUUUACAUAUGCAGAAAGAGAAGGGACACUUAGAUACAAGGAAAUUACUUUGGAAAAUACUGUUGCCUACCAUACUUGAUUCCUAAUAUCUGUUUUGGAAAGUUAUAUUGGGUAAUACCAAGAGGGAAAAAAGUAGAAAUAAACGAAGUAUGGGUGUUGUUCUGAAAAUCCUUUGCAAAAACUAGGUCUUCUGCUGAGUUUUUACAAGUAUUUAUUUGCAUGUAUAAUCUCCAUAAAUUGGCCAAGAGGAUUUUAAUAGAUCUUGAGGUAUAUUAACAGAGAUACAUCUUGAGGUGUUUUUUUCCUUUUUUACCUUAGAACAUUUUUUUUAAAGAUUUUAUUUAUUCACAAGAGACAGAGAGAGAGAGAGAGGCAGAGGCACAGGCAGAGGGAGAAGCAGGCUUCGUGCAGGGAGCCCGACGUGGGACCUGAUCCCGGGUCCCCAGGAUCACACCCUGGGCCGAAGGCGGCGCUAAACCGCUGAGCCACCAAGGGCUGCCCUCCUUAGAAAAAUUCAAAACUGACAUUUUUGUGUUCAGAAUGCUUGACAUUCAAAUGUGUUAUUUGGGGAGUGACUUUUCAUUAAUUCAAUAGUUACAAAGAAAUGGUUAACAGGAUGCUUCAUGAAUGUGCUCUAUGUAGUAAAAAGUCAUUGAUAUGAAUCUACUGUUUUAUGAUUUUUUUUUCUCUUUGACAUGCUGGUCUGAGUAUUGUUUACUAUAAAGAAAAGCAUUUCUGAAGCAAAAUGACAACUUAAGUUUUUUUCUUUUCACUAACACCAGGGAUUUUAAGCAUCCCCCAAAUCAUUUUAUUAAUCUAUUUGCAUGCAAGUAUUGUGAUAGGAAAUGGUUCUUCAAUACAUAGCUAGUUCUAGUAGUGAUAAUAUAGUGUGUUUGAAAGUAAUAAAACUACAUUUCUGUUGAACUCUUUAAGACUAACCAACUCAUCAAGUCAAAUUAUCCUUUCCCAGGAAAAGCAAGUUCAUAAGGUUUAAUUUUUAUGUUCUUCUAAUAUAAAGUGCUAGAAUUCUUUUUUUCUCAGACAAGAUCCUGAAACAGAUAAAUAGAUUGAUGUAAGCCUUGGUUCAUUCUAUGGCAAAGAAACUGACACAUGAUAGCUUUCCACACCCCUUUUCAGUCAAAGAGUAAAAUUAAUUGUUACACUAUUCAUUGAUCUAAUAAUAUAAAAACAGUAGCGAUAAUGUGUUAUUGCUCAAAAGAUUGAAGUUGAAGAUAGGAGAUCCUGCUCUUUGCUGUCCUCCUGGAAUUCUCUUUUCAGUGAAAUCCUUUUUUUUUUUCCAUGUUAAUUGUCAUUACUGCUUUUUUAUGCUACGACUUCAGCUUUCUGACCUGUUGAUCAAAAUAACCGAGAUGAAGUAUGUAGAGUUUUAAAAAACUUGUUCUAAUCAGCAUUAUGUCUAGUAGUUUUGGUAAGUUUAGAUUUGAUUAAGUAACACAUUCAGCUUCUUUUAAAGUCUCAGCUUACAAAUUUGUAGCUAUAAAAAACAAGUCAGCAUUCAGAUUUAACUACAUUAUUUGAUUAUAAGAAGUCAAACCAUGGAAAUGGAAAUGAUUUAAGUAUAACAUCUGUCCAAGAGUAGAAUUACCCAGUGAAUAUUUAAUUAUGUCACAUGGGUGUCUUUUGUAUCAAUUGAUAACUUAAAAAAACUAUGACUUAUAUUAGGAAGAGAUUUAAAAUAGAGAAUGGUAUUGAUUUCCUACAACAUUCCAAAAGCUUUGUGAUAAAAACUCUGGCAUAUGAAAUAAAUUGUUUUGAAUUGUUACUAAUUCA